UUUUUCCGGAGUGCUUUGAGUGCAACUCCAGCUAACACUUCUGUUUUUUUGCUUUUAAUUUUUAUUAGUUUUGGGGGGAAAUUCUCAUCUACUUUAAUUCUCAUUUUCUACCUCAGCUGCUGCGAUAUGGCGGGUAACUUCUGGCAAAGUUCUCACUAUUUGCAGUGGGUUUUGGACAAGCAGGAUUUGAUGAAAGAACGCCAAAAAGACCUGAAGUUUCUCACAGAAGAGGAGUACUGGAAGUUGCAGAUUUUCUUUGCAAAUGUCAUCCAAGCUUUGGGAGAACACCUGAAAUUGCGGCAACAGGUCAUUGCCACUGCAACUGUCUACUUCAAACGCUUCUAUGCCAGAUAUUCACUGAAAAGUAUUGAUCCCGUGCUCAUGGCUCCUACCUGUGUUUUCUUGGCGUCUAAAGUUGAGGAGUUUGGAGUUGUAUCCAACACCAGACUGAUCUCUGCAGCAACAUCUGUAUUGAAAACAAGGUUCUCCUAUGCCUUUCCGAAAGAGUUCCCUUACAGAAUGAAUCAUAUAUUCGAAUGUGAAUUCUAUCUCCUAGAGUUGAUGGACUGCUGCCUCAUCGUGUAUCACCCCUACAGACCGUUGUUGCAGUACGUCCAGGAUAUGGGACAGGAGGACAUGCUGCUGCCUCUGGCCUGGCGAAUAGUGAAUGACACAUACCGGACAGAUCUCUGUCUGCUCUACCCUCCCUUUAUGAUUGCCCUGGCCUGUCUACAUGUUGCCUGUGUGGUGCAGCAGAAAGAUGCCAGACAAUGGUUCGCAGAGCUUUCUGUAGACAUGGAUAAAAUCCUGGAGAUCAUCCGUGUAAUUCUGAAGCUGUACGACCAGUGGAAAAAUUUUGAUGACAGGAAGGAGAUCGCUGCUGUGCUGAACAAGAUGCCUAAGCCCAAACCACCUCCCAACAGUGAAAAUGACCAGAGCUCCAACGGCAACCAAAGCAACUCCUACAGCCAGUCGUAGCGCCACGUCCGUCAUCAAGCCAUAAUGUUGAUGUAGAGGGGGCGGAGCUUCAUUUGAAAUCUCACACAGCAAAACAUUUGUGGUGUCGCCUGGACAGAAAGAAAAGAAGGUGGGGGAGGAUGCUUUCAGAUGAUGCCCCUCCGUGUACAACCUGGUGGUUAUGAACUGUUUGACGCGAGCUCCAUAGCACAGCUCUGUUCCUGACCAACACAAACUGGGGGGUGGGGGGGUGCUGGCAGUGCGGUGACACCACCGUGAGAUCUGUGGGGGGUUUACAGACGUGGUGAUCCUGACAUCCUUGAACAGCCCAGAGGAUCCAUCUGCCGAUGGACCUUCACGGGAUCUAAAAACUUGAUCACGAGUACUUCUACGUGUGUGAUUUCAUUCCUCAGGGACUGAACUAGUUUUUCUCUGCUGGUGUCUGUGAAGCGACUUGAUCCUGCGCUGUUGCAGUCGAUGAGAUCGGAUGUCGUCCUUUUAACUGUGAUUUGAUUGGAUGCCCAGGAGAGGUUCCUCAAAAGCUCCAGUUUAGUUCUUUGAAUGCAAGAAUCAUCACAACUCCACCUCCUCCCUCUCACAUUCGUUUGUUUUAAGCUUCUUUUUGCUUUAUUAAUGAACUCAUUUGGCUUCUUCUGCUUACACUUGUUAAUUUCUUUUAUGUAAUUAUUUGGAUUUGUCCUUUAGUUUAAAACAUGUAAAGCUUUUUUAAAUUAUUUAAGUUUUAAUUUGGCACUUUUUUAGUUGUGGUGUACAUUUUUACAGACUUCCUUCUAGCCACUUAAUCCAUUGACUUGUGGCAACACGUGUUAUGUAUUCUUGUGAUGUGAGAGUGUAGGUGUGCACUCAAGGUGCUCGAAAGCCUUAUAAAAUAAAAGCUAGUGGUUAUGGAGAACCUUUUGCAGAAGCACAUUGUCCCAUUCAGGAGAACGAUUUCACAGGAAACGGCGAGUCUGCUGGAUGAAUCAGUCCGAGUUUAAAAGGGCUUUAACCCAGCUUGGAAAUUCCUACAACCUCUAAGUGUAAAAGUUUCCAAAAUUGUUUGCUGAAAUGUUACUUGAAAUGCUGUUUAUCAUUUAUGGAAGGUUGUUUUGUGGUAAUAAACAUGGUGUGUGUGUGCACAACU